CCAAUUUACAACACAAUGCAAAAGUCUACUGUUGCAGUCAGUCAUUUGAUGCCCUCAAAGGGUGGUGGGGGUUUGGAAUUGUUACCCCCCAGAGUGCAGACAGAGUCAGACACUGCUCUUGAAACGACCGGUAAAUGUGACAACAGUUCUAUCAUCAACGAUGCAGCCAUGUUUGUUUCCAUGCUUGAUGAUAGUGAAGAUGGUGAGACAUCUGCCGAAAGUGACGUCAAGGAAACAAACAAUGAAGUUAUCGGCAAUUCGAUGGGUGCAUCCAUGACAGAGUUUGUUGGUGGCUGUGUGAGUUCUGAGGAACUGUUCUCUAGUGCAACUACUGCAAACGAUUCUGUCAUAAUUGUAAGCUCAAAUUCGGUUGCCAUGACUCGACCUCAAAACACUAAAGUUUCACCCUCAAAAACAUCCUCGCUUCAUUAUAAUAUUGAGCGCGUACAAGAAGUGGUUGCCCCCAACGAUAACCACUCAACUUCUUUGUUUUCUUCUAACGGCUGUGCUGUCAUGGACACUGCAGAUUCACCUACCAAAUCUAGUGGAGAGACCAUUGACAUUGAAAAACCAACCAGUGAUAGUAACUGUAUUUCAAAAAUGUCACAACAAUCUAGUGACAUAAACACGUCAGAUUCUAGUGACUCCAGCUCAGAUGGGGAAUUGUCUGGAAGCUCUAAUGAUGAUACUGAAUUUCUAUCCAACAGUCGGUACCAACUCAGGAAGAGAAAGAAACCACCUGAAAUGGAUGCUGCAACUAAGAAUUCCAGGAAGAAGAGGAAGACGAGGAAAUCAAGGAAAGCAAGCCGAGGUCUAAAGAAGGAUAGAAAGGGGAAGCGUGAUACAGUAGUCCUGAUUAAUAAGGUGACAAUGUGCUAUGCAGCUGACCUAAAAGAGAGCUAUUCUAGAAAGUGUAAGUCUAUCAAUAGGCAACUGUUGGCACACAUCUCCUUUAGCAAUAUCACAUGGCUGCGUCCAGGAUUUGGGUCAGGGGAGACAAAUUGGGAAUAG